UAAAUGUGGAACCGAGUAUGUCAAGUAAUGUAACCGAACUAAAACAAAGUAAUCAGCAUAGCGAUAAUGAUUUUAAUAAGACUGGCGGCUUUUUUACAACUAUCAAGCCAAUUAAAGAAUUGAAUAAAAAUGUAGAAAAUCAAGUACAAAAAUUAUCAGAUUAUAGAGUUAGUCGUAUAUUUUAUAAUAAAUAUCCGUAUAUUAUAGCUGUGUAUAAAAUAGGUAGCAAGGAUCGGUGGCAACAUUACAAAGUAAUUAGACUUGGCCAUUAUCCAUCUGUUUCUAAAUUUACCCGAAAAAAGAAAGGUAUCGCAUAUCAAAUUCCUGAUGAAUAUGAAAUUGAAACAGAUUUAUUAGGAUUAUCUGUAAGAUGUAAAACUAAGUAUCAGCAAACUGGUGAUGUUAGCUAUACAAUUAGUUGGAUAAAUUCCUAUGGCAGUGUAGUAUCAAGUAGUAGUAUGAUCUCAGCAAAUAAUGCCGGAACUAAAUUUUUAAAGGAUAUUUGUAAUAAACAAAAUACACAUGUCUCUGAAGUAUUUCUAUUUGGUUUUGAUAUUGAUUGUCUGCACAAGGCAAGAAUAAAGACUUCUACAAAUUGUAAACAUCCUUAUAUAGAGUUAGAGUCAAAUUCACAAAAAAACAAACGGAUUGCACUAGUAGCUAAAGAUUUAAACAUUCAAAUAGUAGAUCUUUUUCGAAAUCAUCAAUUUGUUGACUCAUCAGGUGGAAAUAUU